GGCAGUGUGGUGGGGAAGCUCCAUGGAGAAGAAGUGCGGCUGCUGGGCAGCUCUCAGGCGCAGUGUUAGAGGCUCCUGCAAGGCCACCGCUUCCAAAGACUCUGCCAACACCAUCCCAAGAACCGGUCUUGUAUAUGAUGCAGCUACAGAGACGCGGUACCUUAAUGCGAGCAACCGGGAGAUGUGUGCUCCCAAUGAAGCUCAAAACUCAACAGAUAAUCCUGAACCACCGCCAUUAGAAAGCCAAUCUCCUUUCCAGCUGUUCCAGUUUACCUUUCAGGAGCUUAAAUCUGCAACUGGAAAUUUCAGACCAGACAGUAUUCUUGGGGAGGGUGGAUUUGGGUAUGUCUUCAAAGGGUGGAUAGAGGAGAAUGGAACAGCACCAGCAAAACCCGGAUCAGGGGUUACAGUAGCAGUGAAGAGCUUAAAGCCAGAUGGUCUUCAGGGCCAUAGAGAAUGGGUGGCCGAAGUAGACUUCCUCGGACAGCUUCACCAUCCUAAUCUUGUUAAACUUAUUGGGUAUUGCAUCGAAGAUGACCAGAGGCUGCUUGUGUACGAAUUUAUGACACGUGGAAGUCUUGAAAACCAUCUUUUCAGAAGGACCAUACCUCUCCCUUGGUCAAACAGGAUCAAAAUUGCACUUGGUGCUGCUAAAGGCUUGGCAUUUCUCCAUGGAGGCCCCGAACCUGUCAUCUAUAGGGAUUUCAAGACAUCUAACAUUUUGCUUGAUUCAGAAUAUAACGCAAAGCUUUCAGAUUUUGGUCUGGCAAAGGCCGGGCCUCAGGGAGACAAAACUCAUGUUUCCACAAGGGUUGUUGGGACAUAUGGCUAUGCUGCUCCUGAGUAUGUAAUGACAGGACACUUGACUUCUAAGAGCGAUGUUUACAGCUUCGGCGUGGUGCUUCUUGAGAUUUUAACGGGCAGGAGGUCAAUGGACAAGAAACGCCCGAGUGGGGAACAGAACCUUGUCACCUGGGCUCGACCAUAUUUAGCCGACAAGAGAAAGGUCUACCACCUAGUUGAUCCUCGGUUGGAACUGAAUUACUCCCUCAAGGGGGUGCAGAAAGUUGCUCAGCUUGGUUACAACUGCCUCAGCAAAGAUCCAAAAUCGCGCCCUUCAAUGGAUGAAGUUGUGAAGGUUCUCAACCCGUUGCAGGAUCUCAACGACCUUGCCAUACUAUCCUACCACUCCCGGCUAUCUCAACAGGGGCGGCGCAAGAAGAAGCCAGAUGGAGCUCACCAGCUGAGCUACAAACAAUCUAGAAGCAUGCGGGACUCGCCAGUAAACACCAGCAGGCAGCAUUGUAAAUAAUGGGAAGCCAGUUUCUACCUUGAUCAGCUCAACUUACAUUGAAAUGGGUUGUGUGAAGCCAAUAGUUCAUGUUUGUGCUAUAAUUAUUCGGUUGCUUGGGAUUUGACAGAGCCUGAGGCUAAAGUGAGAGACAGUACAUUAUUUUCCAUCGAUCCGAAUGGUGACACUAGAAUUGAUAUCUAACUAUUGAUAUGGAUCCUUCUUUGCA